ACGCCGUAAUUGCAGCCCAGCGUCCACCAUCUUGGCCGAAGUUGCCACAACGUGAAAUAUUAUAAAAAAGAAACUACCCGAUCUCGCGAGGAAAGGCGAUUGCAGUGUUGACUAUUGUGGCAAAAAAGAGGAGUCCCGCUGUACGCGCCAAAAGCAGUCACCAAAAGCCGCAACAAAACAAAACCGUGGAGGAGCAACAGCAGCAGCAGCAGGAGCGACGGCAAGCCAGUGUGCGGUAAGCAGGCGAGUAGCUGUCGUAGGGCAGGAGGGGCGGCUGUCAAGGAGGCGGCGGCGACGAAAGAAAAAAAACCCAACAACUACACACGUCAAACGCCAAACAAGGAUAAUUUCCACAGACACGGACACCAGCGCACACCACAGCUUGCUAGGAUGAACGCCAAGCGAGUCAAGUAUACGCAAGUAAAGCAGGAGGAUGUGCCCGUUGUCAUCCAUCCCGAUGACGUUGAGGAGGAGGAGGAGGUCGAGGCCCAUGAGCAGGAGCACGAGGAACACGAGGACCAAGAGCACGACGAUGGCGAGGAGGAGCAGUACACCUAUGCCUAUACCACCGGCGAGGAUGAUGAUACAGAGACCGCCGUGGUAACGCUAAGCGACCGCGAUCACGAGGCUCUGGCCAAUGCCCAGGAGGUGAUCAUCGAUGAGAACGGUCAUGCUGUAACCCUGCAGCAGCUGGUGGAGAACACCACCGUCGAGGAGGUGGAAACCAUUGAGCAGGGCGAUGGCACCCAUACCAUUCUGCACAUUGUGCCCGGCAAUAUACACCACGACGAUGGCGAGGAGGAGAUCGACGAGGAUGAGGAAGGCGAAGAGGUCGACGAUGAUGACGAACUGGAUGAGAUUGUGCCCGUGGAGCAUGAGGAGAUCGAAGGCGAGGAGGAGGAGGAUGAUGACGAUGAGGACGUGGCCUCGAUUGUAUUUGAGGGCACCCUCGAGCAUAAUGCCGACCACGAUUCGAAUGCCCGCAACAAGACCUUCUAUUGUCCAAAUUGUGGCAAUUGUUACAGUGCCGCCGGCUCCCUGAAGCUGCACAUGCGUGCCUGCCUCCGCCAACGCAACGAGGUCUCUGCCGAUGAUCGCAAAUGCAAAGUGUGCAGCAAAAUCUUUAAUUCGGUGGCCUACCUCAAGGAGCACAUGAUGCGGCAUACGGGCGAGCAGCCGUUCCGUUGCACUCGCUGCUAUCGCAAAUUUGUGGAGGAGAGCAAAUAUGUGGCGCACAUUGAUGCUCACAAGCAUCAGGACAAGCUGGAGGCAGAGGCUGUCGCCAUGUCCGCCCAGCAUGGCGGCAAGAAGGUGGUGGUCAAAGAGUUCAACUGCUCCUUUUGCACACAGAACUUUACGGUGGUCUUUGACGUUGGCCAGGUGAAGCGUCGCUAUGCCUGCGAUGCCUGCCGGGACAAGUACUCCAAUGCGGAGGCACUGCGCCAGCACAAGCAGACGGUGGACGAGAAGCGUGAGUUUAGCUGCGGUCGUUGCGGCCGCAAGUUUGUCUUCGAGGGCUUCCUGCAGCGUCAUCUGCCCACCUGCGAUGGCAGCAUCAAGCGUCGUCGGGAUAUGAAGUAGAGGCGGCCACAGCAGCGUCCUGGUCAGUGGCAAGAAGAGCCAGUCCAUUACGUUGUUAUCAAGGAGGAGGAGGAGGAUGAGUAGAAGCAGGACCUGGAGGAGGAUGGCUAAGAGUAGGCGCACCACCAACACGAUGAGCCGUAUCAGGCGGAAUAGAGCGAGCAGCAAGGACCACUUAAACUUACACUUACAUCUUAAAUGGGAGGAACGCAGGAGGAUUAGGAGCAGCUGCUGGCCCCCCCAAAAGCAAACUAUUCCAAAGGACACGCGUUUCAAUUUCCCCCUUUUUUUUUACCUAAUUAUACUACACCUAAAUAUAAAUAUAUAUUUGUUUCAAGUUCAGAUUGUGGCCAGCAGGAUUGAUUAUUGGAUCGAUAAAGUGUAUAGAAUGUAUAAUUUGCUUUUUAAAAUAAAUAUAAUUAACAUUAAAAAGCCGGUAAAUGUAUAAUUAAUCCCCACAAAAAAAAAAAACCCAAAAAAAAAGAAAUGCUGGCAAAAUUAAUUACUGAGCGACAAAUUGAUGUUGAAAUUCAAUAAAAAAAAAUAUAAAACACGAAAAAAAA